UCGCCAGCAGGACUACGGCCUCCUACGCCCUCCACCACGCCUGGAGCCACCGGGCCACAGGGGAGCUCCCCAAGACCCAUGGCUCCUCAGAUGACCGCUGCUCCUCGCCCUGCACAGCCUGGCUUCCCUCCAUCGUCAGGCCCUUUGGGGGCAGGACAGCCCAGUUUUUCGUCUAUGCAAGGUGCCCCUGGUGGGCAGCCCCCUUACCCACCCUCAUCAGGAACACAACCUAGUUUCCCACCAUCUUCUAUGGCUGGUCCAAUGGGCGGACAACCCUCGUUCCCAGCAGCAGUGGGUGCUCCUCCAUCAUCGAUGGGAGGCCCGCUAGGUGGGCAGCCUGGCAUGCCUCCUUCAUCAAUGGCUGGAGCACCAGGUGGGCAGUCUGGCUUCCCUCCGUCGUCAAUGGCUGGUGCACCGAGUGGGCAGCCUGGCUUCCAACCUGUGUCAGCGGCAGGACCUCCACCAGGAGUACGUCCAUCUGGUUUUCCUCCAUCUUCCAUGGCAGGACCUCAACCUCAGCCUGGAGGACCUGUUUCUAUGGGUGCACCACCAAGACCUGGGAUGCCCCCAGGCCCAGGGAUGCCCCCAGGCCCAGGAAUGCCCCCAGGCCCAGGAAUGCCCCCAGGCCCAGGAAUGCCCCCAGGCCCAGGAAUGCCCCCAGGCCCAGGAAUGCCCCCAGGCCCAGGAAUGCCCCCAGGCCCUGGAAUGCCCCCGGGCUCAGGAAUGCCCCCGGGCUCAGGAAUGCCCCCGGGCCCAGGAAUGCCCCCAGGCUCAGGAAUGCCCCCAGGCCCAGGAAUGCCCCCAGGCCCAGGAAUGCCUCCAGGCCCAGGAAUGCCCCCAGGGCAAGGAAUGCCUCCUCGUCCAGGGAUGCCUCCAGGACCUGGAAUGCCCCCAGCCUCAGGCAUGCCCCCCCGUCCAGGGAUGCCACCAGGACCAGGAAUGCCACCUGGGCCAGGGAUGCCUCCAGGACCCAGACCAAGCAUGCCUCCUACAAGCAGUGCAGGAGGUCCUCCAGUCAAUGGCAUGGGAGGUGGCAUGCAGUCCAGGUACCCUGGCUCAGGGGCAGGGCCAGGUGCAGGGGGCUACCCAAGUGCGCCUCAAAGCCAGGGGCGCAGGCUGAACCCAGAUGACAUGCCUAGUCCUUUGCAAGUCAUGGACGAGGACAGUCGAUGCCGGAGUGGAGAGUUUAUCACUAACAUCAAGGGACAGGUUCCACCUCUGGUUACAACGGAAUUCACAGUAAAGGACGGUGGCAACGCAUCGCCCCACUACCUUAGAUCGACAAUGUACAGCAUCCCUCACACUCCAGAUAUGAUAAAACAAACUCAUGUUCCCUUCGGCCUUGUCAUUAGCCCCUUGGCCCAGGUGGGCAGCCAUGACAGUGCAUUGUAUAUUGGAACGAGCUUAGAAUCAGGACCUGUCAGGUGCAACAGGUGCAAGGGCUAUAUGAGUCCCCUCAUGCAGUUCAUGGAUGGAGGAAGGAAAUACCAGUGCAAGCUAUGCCGUGGAGUGGUGGAGGUGCCAAAAGAAUAUUUCUGUCACAUGGAUGGCCAAGGAUCACGUGCAGACAAGUAUCAGCGGCCAGAGUUGUGCUGUGGGACUUACGAAUACAUUGCCACACCGGAAUAUUGUCGAGACAAGCAAUUGCCUAAAGAGCCUGCCUUCAUCUUCGUCAUAGAGAUGAGUCUGCUGAUGAUGCAGAGAGGAGUGAUCCACCUUUUAUGCCAGAACAUGAAGUCCAUCCUGGAGCACUUGCCUCGGGACUGUGCCAAUGGCGCUCCAGACACCGAGUCACGGAUGAAGGUUGGGUUCAUCACGUACGACUCUGCAGUCCACGUCUACAAGCUUGAUGGACAGGCACCGGAAAUGUGUGUGGUCUGUGAUCGCGACGAGAUGUUUGUCCCAGUGCCCGGAGGCGUUCUCUGCAGUCCCCAGGAGGCUGCUGAUAACAUUGAUAAAUUAAUGGAAAGUAUUCCCGACAACUUCAAGGCCACACGGGAGACCUCGGGUGCCCUUGGCUGUGCCAUCCAGGCAGGUAUGGCCGCCUUGCAGGCGUCUGGGAGGGUUGGCAAAUUGUUUGUUUUCCAUUCCUCUUUGCCUGUGGGCGGUGGCGCUGGCAGCUUAAAGAACAGAGAGGAGAGGAAACUGCUUGGCACAGAGAAGGAGAAAAGUGUGCUGACACCACAAGGAAGCUACUACAACAAUCUUGGCCAAGAUUUGGUUGCUGCUGGCUGCUCUGUUGACUUAUAUAUAUUUAAUGAUGGCUAUGUAGACUUAGCAACCAUUGGCCAAGUACCUAGACUAACUGGGGGCCAAAGCUACAAGUAUACUUUCUUCCAGUCCAACAAAGAUGGUCCCAGGCUUUUGGAGGACCUCAAACUUAACAUAGGAAGAAAUAUUGCUUUCGAUGCUGUGAUGCGGGUUAGAACGUCACAAGGUGUGCGACCUGUGGACUUCUUUGGCCAUUUCUUCAUGUCAAACACCACUGACAUAGAAUUAGCAAGUAUAGAUGCCAGUAAAGCUAUUGCAAUAGAAGUGAAGCAUGACGACAAGCUGACAGAGGAAGACGGAGUGUAUAUACAAGUAGCCUUGCUGUACACCUCCUGCAGUGGCCAGAGGCGACUACGUAUUUUAAACAUGGCACUUAAUAUAUGCACUCAGAUGGCUGACCUUUAUAAGAACUGUGACUUAGAUACGCUAAUGAACUUCUUUGGUAAACAGUCCAUUACGAGGUUGUUGGAGACCAAUGCAAAACAGGUAAAGGACGACCUUAUCAGCAGAACAGCAAACAUUUUGGCUUGUUACCGCAAGAACUGUGCGUCCCCUUCGUCUGCCGGGCAACUAAUACUCCCAGAAUUAAUGAAGUUGUUGCCACUUUAUAUUAACUGCCUGAGCAAGAGUGAUGCCAUGAGUGGUGGCCAGGACCUGACCUGUGAUGAAAGAUCAUUGCAGAUGUAUCUCUUGAUGGCCAUGUCAGUGGAUGCAUCGGUUGUCUACUAUUAUCCUCGACUCAUUCCUCUCUCUGAUGAUGAUCCUCAGAACACUGGAGUUCCCGCUCCACUUCGCACGUCCUACGACAAAUUGCGGCCAGAUGGCGUAUUCCUACUUGAAAAUGGAAUCCAGAUGUUUAUUUGGGUUGGUUCAAGUACUUCUCCAACUUGGUUAGACAAUGUGUUUGGAGUAAAUGCCCCCCACCAGCUGGACCCUGUGAUGGCCGAGCUGCCCGAGCUGGACAAUCCAAUCUCGAGGAGAGUGCGGGAUAUCAUUGCCUCAAUACGUGCUCAGAGGAAGAGGCACGUCAGGAUGUUUGUGGUUCCUCAACAAGGAAAGCAUGAAAUGGUAAUGCGAAAUUAUUUAGUAGAAGACAAGAGUAUGUACGGUGCUCCUAGUUAUGUAGACUUCCUCUGCCACGUACACAAGGAAAUCCGCGCGCUCCUUUCCUGAGAAAGGAAGCAGCACUACCCGUGGACAUCACCAUCAGUGUCAUCGCCGUCUGUUGAUGCCUUCCCCUCCAGCAACUUGAGUUACCCUUGUGAGGCUCCGUUGUGUCCAUCACAGCCUGUCCUUCCUCCGCUCAGUUCCAGUGUAACUGCCUCCAGCCUCACUCCCACCACUGUAGAAAAUGUAGACUGUAGAGGAAUCCCCAGCACCUCGACCGUCGCGCCUCAAGCCCCGUCGGGCGGGUCGUCGUCUCCACUCUUCCAAAGGAAAACCACCUUGGAUGCCACCAGCCCAUCCCAAUCUCAGCCCAAGGGCAAAGUCACCUACCCAGGAGUAGCCUUCACACUCAAGAAUUGGCACUGACCUUUCUUGAGGUUUCCCUUAUUCCCUCCCUGCUUAUUUCUCUUUGUGGCCAUGACUGAAAUUAAGGUGAUAGGUGGUGCAACAGCAAUUGUUAGUCUGCAGCCUUGUGCUAAGCUAAAGGUACAGGAAGCAGAAGGAUUUUACAGUUGCUGUGUGUGUAGCACCUGUGAUUUGCAAAACUAAACUCAUGGGUAGUGCUGAUUGCGUCAUGCUUCUCUUAAGGUAGAAAGGUUAUGAUGAUAAUUAUGAAAUAAAUGAUCAAAUGGGACAUGAUGAGAGUACGACUGAUUGUCACAGAAGGUACUUGAAAGGGAACUGAAUGGCGAUGGAUAGAUUUUUAUACAGACUUUGUUACCUUGUAGCUUUCUUCUGAGGAGAGGAAUCAUGUUGAAUGAGCAAGGCUUGUCCCGGUGAUGUAUGCUGUGUCAGUGGAGAAAGAUUUAUUUUUAUGUAACUUAAUACUUGAUAGAUUUUCACAUAUAAGGAAUUUUUUAAUGAACAACUAUUUUAUGUUUUACAUUAUCAGAAGUUUAGUUAGUAAGGGAAUACUGCAUUUCAUUUUCAAAGCUCUUGUUAUUUAAUUGGUCAAAUAGAGUUCUAAUGCGUAUUGGGAGGAGACUUUGUUAGAUAAAUAUUAUUAUAUUAAGCCAGUUUUUAUGGCAAAUGCAAUAUGUUAUAUUUCGGUGUUACGUUAUUCCAAGUCCAGUAAAGUUGUUGGCUUGUA